CUGCCGCAUUCUCUACUGCACCAAGUGUGCAGCUUUAAUCUUAGCUCGCCACAGUCACUUUCCUGGGCCCAGUACCAUGAAUUAUUGAUGAAGACCAUUUGCUUCAGUGCACAUUCCCAUAGCCCAUAGCCAGACCCUCUGUGUGUUGGAUUUAUGGCAGGGGGAUGAGACAUAUGAAGAUGAGUGGACAGACUAUCAUCAGAUUGAAGAAGAAAGAAAGCCUUGUUGCUGGGUACAGGAAAACAAACAGUAAAGGGCAGAAAACUAUUAACAGAGUGACCACACACACCUCAGACAGCAAGACACUGAUGAAACAGCAGCUUCCACAGUGAGGACAGCUCAUCGUUGCAGCAGUGAAUUUUCCCUCCCUCCCACACAUUAGAGCCACCUCACAAAAAUAAACAUGGAUUCUCUCUCUUCCAGGCAAAACAAUCGCUGAUAUGAAACACAAUGCUGCCUCUGACCGACCGUCUGCCUCUCCUGUUGUUUUCAAAGACACUGGCAGACAAAAAUAGAUUCAUCUGUUUCAGCCUCCAUAAAUCUCUGCUGCCAGCCACCCAGUCAGCCAACACAACCCCCCACUCCGUGCCAGCCCUAUGCAGUCACCUGCCUCUUUCCCAUUUUUAUGGAUCCACAUAAUCUCAUGUUCAGACAGUUGCUCCUGAUCAUCAAACUCAUCUAUAAGUUACUUCUUGUACAUUUUCAGCUCGGAUCAGGGAACUGGAAUGUACCAGAACCGCACUACAGACAACAACAACAACUGCAACAAAAGCCUUCUCUGUGAUCACAAGGCGAAGCUCGUCCAGGCUAUUAAAAGAAUCAAGCAUGAGGUAGAUGAAUGCAGAGAAGCAGAAAGAGAGGCGUACAUCGACUCGUUGGAAGUAGAGAACAGCUUUGAUGGCCUGGAACGAGAAAUCAGAGCUGAGUUUCAGAACCUUCAUCGCUUCCUGGAGGAAGAAGAGUGCAAGGACCUGGAAAGGCUGAGGAGGGAAAGACAGAAACAGCAGAAGCAGCUGAAGGAGAGGGAGAAGAAGAUAGAAGCACAAGGAAAAGACCUGGAGAGGGCAAUCACAGUGCUGAACAGCAAACUGGCCGAGGAGGACAGUCCCAAGCUGCUCAAAGAAAUCCAAGACCUCGUAAAAAGGUCUAAGGUCAGCUUUGUUCUUCCAGCUGAGGUGUACACAGAGGUGCGCUCUGGUCCGUUUGCAGGUCCCAUUCAGUACAGGAUAUGGAAACACAUGAAAACCUGCCUCUACCCGAAUAUUACAUCAGUGACCUUUGACCCCGAGACAGCCCACCCUAAUCUGACCUUGUCCCAGUCCUGCACUUCCAUUUGGUUUGAUGAGAAUAAAGAUACUUCAGAAGUCCAAGCCAACCCACGCCGGUUCCACUAUUAUUACUGCGUKUUGGGCCACCAGGGCUUCACCACCGGCCGGCACUACUGGGAGGUGGAGGUGGGGGGCAAGACGGCGUGGAGGCUGGGUGUAGCCCGAGGAGAUGUUCCCAGAGGGGAGAUGAAGGCUACAGGCAGCUCCAGUGGUCUCUGGACGUUGGCCCUGAAAGAGGGCUCCAUCUUAGCCUGCCUGGAUCCAAAGUCCACUAAGAUCAACGUGUCCGUCCACCUCGUCCGCGUUGGCGUCUUCUUAGACUGUAGCAAGGAGGAAGUGACUUUCUAUAAUGCCCUUUCCAUGGCKCCGAUUUAYACUUUCUCCAUGGGAACUGUCCUGGUUCCCCUGUUUCCCUUCUUCAACCCAUGUGACACAGAUGAUGGGAAGAACACGGCACCGAUUAUCAUCUUUACCCCCUCACUAUGAGAGAAGGGUAUUUUGUAGAGGURCAACAAUGCAGAAAAUUCACGAUUUGGUUCGGUUCARUACUUUAGUCUC